AUGUUCUCAUCAUACUUUUCGAAGCCUGCCGUUGAAAAAACAGAACGUGAGAAGAAUGUGCUCACUCCAUUCUACGAGGACAUCGUACCUCCUAAAAUGAGGAAAAAAGGGGAACCGUUAUCCUACUUUCAAACUAUAUCGAGAGCUUACACUCACGAGCAGGCCUUGAAGUUCGCGACGGCAUCUUUGGAAUGGAAAAACUUGGUCUACACUCAAUUCCCGAAUAAGCCCAGAACAAAAGCGUAUCCUGUAACAUGCUGUCAAGGUGUACGCGACACGUAUGCAUUCUAUCGAGUGAUUGCAGAGAAGAAAUACGGAUACAUUGCCACGGCAUGCCACGUCAACAUUCACGGAACCCAUCGUGGAGAUCUUCGAUUCAUAGAGAUCAAUGAUAGGACGGUGGCACGAGAGAACGGAGGUACAAGUGUUAUUGGAAGACUCUAUCUUGGAGAUAUGAUUGGAGUAUCUGGAUUGGCGAGAAUGAGAGAUUUCAAGGCAUAUGAUGUGUUCCAGUCGGCAAUGGAUGGAGAAUGUAUCUGGAUGGCCACUCAAAUACAAGUCUUCCCAAGAAUCACUUUGACCGACGUGGCGUUUUCAGUGUUGGCAAAUGGGACUGCUGUUGUGAAGGAGCAAAGCGAAGUGAUGAAUGUACUGAAUCCGACUUCAUUCCCUCUUGUCCCAGGUAAGAUGUAUACUGGGACAGCGUUUGUUCCAGAGAAAAUGUUCUCAAAUUUCACGCUGGAACACCGCGCCGAGCAUAAGAACUCUUUGAUCUACAAGUGCUCGAGGAUUCAUCAGUACCCGAACUCCCUUGGCACGGUGUACGAUUUCAAGGAGUCACCGAGGCUCACAGAUGCCUUCAGUAUAGGGGUUGACGCCUUCGACAUCGACACCACUAGCAUAUAUUCCGAGAACACUCCAACGGAAAUAAUGGAGACAUGCGUUUUAAUGGGAUACGCCGCGGCCAACUCGAUCACAAAUGGGCGGUUCGAUAGUCGAUCGUUCCCAAUGCAUAAUCUAUCUAGGGAUAGGACUGUCGUUAGAUUCUCCAUAGAUAAUCCAGCUGAAGAUCCAACUGAAGGAAAGUGGAUGAUAAAUAGCCGAAUCAAGAUAAGCGGGCCUGCCGGCGAAUUGAAUGCGACGAUUGAAACCGUAAUCAGUGAACGAAAGUCGCUCAAGAUCACCGCGAGACUUUCUAGAGAUAUCCCGAAUCAUGUGAAAUUCAAUAAUGGAAUCCAUGUAGUAUAUCAACGCGAAGCAAUGGAAUUGCAAGUCUUGAGAACUGGUCUCUCCAAUAAAGCUCCACCAGGAUCGAAUGGACGACAAAUUCUGGAGGUGUUGUAUGGUGCAGAGCCAUUGGAAUGUGAUUACAAUGUGAACGGCACAUCGUACUUUUUCCCAGAUAAGGAUCCCGUUGAGCUCAAUGAGUAUCAAUGUGACUAUGUGGACAUGAUACUCGCCAAACUCCCGAUAGUUGUCGGAUGCUCUCCAUUCGGAUGCGGAAAAUCAAUGACGAUUGUGACGGCUGCUUUGGAGAUUCAUAAGAGAUCUGUCGCGAGAAGAAACAAGUUUUAUACAUUGGAAAAGAAGAAGGUGCAAUUACUUGUGACUCAAAGUAACUACGCGAGUGUCAAUUUGGUGGAUAUUGCGAACAAAGCUAAAAAAGGAACCGAUUCUGAAGGAUCUAAACUCAAAUUUGUUCGAUAUCUCUCUGAAAAGAAUUGGAAAGAGCUAGCAGAUGACUGUCUCACCGAUUAUGAUCUUCCGAAACUAAUGGAAAUCGAAUCCUUGGCUUGGACAUUGGGACAUCGAAAACACGAGAAGUUGGAAUUCCGUCAUAUGGCGAGCAUGGUGAAUUUUGUGAUCGAAGGAAAAAUCGCAAGACCCCAUGAAUUCGUUGGACAAGCUAUGAGCACAUACAACAAUUCGGCAUUCGAUAACUUUAAAUCAUGGCCUCGUGAUCUUUUGGAGGCGUUCUUCAUGCUCUACGACCCGGAUCUUAUAAUGACAACUGCUGACUCUCUGCAGACACUUUUAUCAUCGGCAAUUCUGAUACCGUCAUCAGUGGAGACCAUUCAAAUUGAUGAGGCAUCUCAAGUUCCGGAGUACACCUUCAUCAGUCUUCUCACUUCGUUCCCGAAUGCUAGCUAUGGGUUGAUUGGAGACAUUGAACAACUUCCACCUUAUUGUGAGACUGGUCUCGAUGGGAAACUGAAGGACUACGGUAUAGGAAAUACUAUGGAGAGAGCCGUGAACGGGGAGAUGUUCCCACAAGCGAUGCUUCGAGAGGUGUACAGGUGUAGUCCCAGAAUAACGAAUCUGCUCAGCGAUCUAUUUUAUGAAGGACAGCUGAUAUCUGGAGUCACGGUGGAUCAAAGAAAUGAAUUUGUGAGAAAGCGAAAAGACUUCUGGCCGAAGUCUGAAUUUCCGGUUCUAGUGUUGAAUAACAAGGAGAAAGGAUACAAGAUGGGUACUUCAUGUGGAAACAAAUCGGAGAAGGAGAUUGUCAACGCUCUCUUGAAUCUACUCACCAAAGAGCACAAUCGAUAUAAACUCAAGCCAUCCGAUAUCGGAGUCAUCUCAUUUUAUGCUGCACAAACCUCAAUUCUCACUGAAGCACUACGUGGCAGAGGAGUCAAAUGUGGUACUGUAGAUGCAUUCCAAGGAAGUGAGAAAGAAGUGAUAAUUCUUUGCUGUACCAAUGAGAAAAUCAGUGAUUUCAUGCAAAUGAGCAACCGGAUCAAUGUUGCCAUGUCGAGAGGAAGACAGGCGACAAUUAUCAUAGGAAAUGUUGACGGAUUGAAGAAAGCCGACUAUUGGAGUGUCAUAGUGAGAGCAGCAGAGGUGGAGGGAUGUGUUAUGGAUACAAAUUUCCUCGGAAUCACCCAAACGAGCAGACCACAAUUCUCGAAGGGAAGAAACCAGAAAGAGAGAACCCCUGAAGGCGUCGCCGCAGUCACGAAUCCAACAGCGAGAGGUAGAGGUCGGAGAGGACGUCAACGAGGAAACGGAAACCCUCAAGAAAAACUUAUUGACGAAGAUCUCCCAUCGACUAGCAACCAACAGGCGAACAAUGGAAGAAAUAAUAGAAAUCGUCGCAGAAAUAACAAAGCGAAACCUCUCGAAGACGCCGGCGACAUUCCAUCUGCCAGCACUCAACAAGCCCAGCCAUCCCAACAACAAUCCAAAAGAGAUAAUGGAGCAGGGUGGCGUCGAAGAAACAAUAAAAAGGAAUCACCUGCUGGUGGAUUGGAAUCCGAUCGCAUGGUGGCAUGGAAAAUCCCGCAAUCGACGUUGCAUUACGAAUUCUCAACACAGCCCACCAAUCUUCAUCACCAAUCUGGUCAAAUCAACCGCCGUCAACCAGACAUUGUCCAACAGCUGGGUGCAUUAUGUCUUACGGUCGUGGACGGUCUGGCCUAUGGGAUAGUAUCUUUAUACACAUUCUUUACCCGUCCUCGCCCUGAAUAG